AUGGAAAAUGUUCCGUAUGCUAAUGCAAUUGGAACUAUUAUGUAUGCCAUGAUUAGUACAAAACCUGAUCUAGCCUAUGCUAUCUCAUCCCUUAGCAGAUUCAUGUCAAAUUCAGUUAAAUCUCGUUGGGAUGCUCUGAAAUAUCUAUUAAGAUAUAUAAAUGGCUUUGUAAAUGUUGGACUUAGCUACAAGAAAAGAUUUUCUACUCUUGAUCUUAUUGGGUAUGUAGACUUUGACUUUGCAGGUGAAAGAGAUACUCGAAAGUCUACCACUGCUCUGUUUUUCACCUUGGGUGGAAAUUGGAUCAGCUGGAAAUCACAACUGCAGCCCCUGGUUGCGCUGUAUUCCACUGAGGCUGAGUAUGUAGCAGUAACUAAUGUUGUUAAAGAAGCAGUCUGGCUCCAAGGUCCACAUGAGCAAGGUGGUGGUGUAUUCAAAUAG